UUCCAAGUAGUUCCAACAACUCUCCUUUUAGUAUCGACUUUAAUCAAGUAAAGUCAAUUGUUCAAAUCAUUACAUGUCUCUUCACUAGUAUGUUGUUACCCGCGCAAGUCAAGUCUAAUUCUCUUUGCCGUGCAGGCAUUUACGCAUGCUCAAAUCGAGGCUCGGUAUUAACCUUGCCAGGAGAUAGCUUCAAUUUUAGACAUGCAAUGGAUGUUUUUACUUUGAUAGCAUUUGUGAGUACUUGUUUUCUGAUCUUCUUGAAAGCCUCCACGGCAAAUGACUCCAUUUCUCCAUCUGAGCCUCUCCCUGAUGGAAAGACCUUAAUUUCCAAUGAUGGAAGCUUUGAGUUGGGUUUCUUCAGUCCAGGCACUUCUGGGAACCGGUCCUUGGGAAUUUGGUACAAGAACAUCCCAGUCUGCACAGUUGUUUGGGUUGCAAACAGGGUGAAUCCAGUAAAUGACUCUUCUGGCAUGCUAAUGGUAACAACCACUGGUGAUGUUCAGCUUCUGAGUCAGAACAUAACUGUUGUUUGGUCAGCUAACUCAACAAAAGCAGCUCAGAAUCCUAAACUGCAGCUCCUGGAUUCUGGCAAUCUUUAUCAAUCUGGUGGGCAGGAUCUGUUCAUUAGGAUGUCUGCUUUGGAAUUAGGAUCAAAGAGAAAUGAGAAUAAGUUGAAGAUAGCACUGAUAAUUGCAACUCCACUUGCUGCACUUCUGGCGAUGCUUAUUUUAUGCCAUUACUUCUGCAAAAGUAGAAGCUCAGGAGGGAGAAUCAAAGAGAAGAAAGAAAAUGACAUAAAGAAUGAAGGCCCAGAUGAAGACAUGGAGCUUCCAGUAUUUCAACUAGCUACAAUAUCACAUGCAACUGAUAAUUUUUCACUCCGCAACAAGCUGGGUCAAGGGGGUUUUGGACCUGUUUUCAAGGGGAAAUUACUAGAUGGGCAAGAAAUUGCUGUGAAAAGGCUUUCCCAGAGUUCUGGACAAGGUGUGAAUGAGUUCAAGAAUGAGGUUAAAUUGAUUGCCAAACUUCAGCAUCGAAAUCUUGUUAGGCUUCUUGGGUGUUGCAUUGAAGGGGAGGAGAAGAUGCUGGUUUAUGAAUACAUGCCUAACAGAAGCCUGGACUCAUUCAUUUUUGAUAAAACAAGGGGUAAAGAAUUAGAUUGGUCCAAGCGUUUCAAGAUUAUCUGUGGGAUUGCGAGGGGGCUUCUCUACCUUCACCAGGAUUCUAGAUUGCGGAUUAUUCAUAGAGAUCUCAAAGCCAGUAAUGUUCUUCUUGAUGAGGAGAUGAACCCAAAAAUUUCAGAUUUUGGGAUGGCCAAAACUUUUGGAGGAGAGCAGACUGAAGGGAGCACAAGGAGAGUUGUUGGCACAUAUGGUUAUAUGGCACCAGAGUAUGCCAUAGAUGGGCUAUUCUCAAUAAAGUCAGAUGUCUUUAGCCUUGGCAUAUUAUUGCUGGAGAUAAUAAGUGGUAUUAAAAAUAGAGGGUUUUUUCAGCCAAAACACAGCAUUAACCUCAUUGGACAUGCAUGGAAAUUAUGGAAAGAAGACAAUCCUUUAGAACUUGUAGCUGAAUCCUUGGGAGAGUGUUUCACUCUAUCAGAAGUUAUUAGAUGCAUCCACAUCAGUUUUUUAUGUCUUCAACAGAAUCCUGAGGACAGGCCUCCCAUGUCAUCGGUGGUGAUGAUGUUGGGAAGUGAGAUCAAAUUGCCUCAGCCAAAACAGCCAGGUUUCUUGCUUGAAAGGACUGCUCUUGAAAUGGAUUCUCCAACAAGUAAGCAUGACUCGACCUCAGUAAACGAAAUCACCCACACGAUCUUGGAGGUUCGGUAAAGGAUUAUAUAUAGUGAUGUAUAUGUCAUGACCAGAACAUUGUUCAUGGGUGCAAUUAGUACCUUUUUAUGUUUUUUCAACUUUAAGACUAAAUAAAACUUGGGCCCUAAACUCCAAUGCAAAAACAUACCCUUCAAGUUCUUACUCAAACAUCAACAGAAGGGUUUACGGUCCACCCAGAAGCUGUCUUUUCAUAUAUAUGUGGUUCGUAACCAAUUUCAUUUUAUACUGAAAAAACAAAUGAAACCUUCUUAGAGCCUGAAUUUCCCAAAAUGUAUAAAUUUGUUGGAACUGU